AUUUUCCAUUUAUUUAUUUGUUAAAAAAAAAAACACUGUACUGGUCGAUAACAUUGCUCUCUUCUCAUUCUCUCAAUUUCCCAUUGAAGCGCACUCAACGUUCUCCAUUAUAGAGACUUUUGAUAUUUCUAUCUUCCAUUGAAGCAGCUUCUGAGGAAAACAGAAUGGUGCGGAAGAAGAGUCUGAAAAAAGCCGAGUUUGCUAAUCGCUCCUCUCAAGCAUCAACUGAGAAGAAGACUCCGGAAUCUUUGAAGCUCACUGCUAAGCAGCUGAAGAGAUCAAAGAAACAGAGGUUGCGAAGAGAAAAAAGAAAAGAAGUUGCCUCACAGAGUCAAGUCACAAAUGAGGAUAAGAACAGGACAGCAGCAACAGUGGAUAAAGAAAGCAAUCUGAAUACGAGUGAUAAUGGCAAAGAGAAUGGUACUUCCAAGGGGAUUAAAAAUAAGAAAUUUAGAAACACUAAGCGUGAGCCAAAAAGUGAUAAUAAGGAUAAGAACAAGACAGCAGCAAGAGUAGAAAAAGAAAGCAAUAAGAAUUCAAGUGAUAAUAGGAAAUAUAACGGUUCUUUCAAGGAAGACAAAAAGAAAAACAAUAGAAACAGUAAGUCUGAGCAAAAAAGGGUCGGGGCUCCAAGUUCUGAGAAUAAAGUUGGUGGAUUGAUCUUCAUGUGUAAUGCAAAAACAAAACCUGAUUGUUUUCGUUACAAUGUCAUGGCCCUGCCUUCCAGCAAAAAGGAGGUUGUGCUUGGUAUAAAGCCUGGUUUUAAGCUUUUCCUUUACGAUUUUGAUCUUAGGCUCAUGUAUGGAAUCUAUGAAGCAUCUUCUGCUGGGGGUAUGAAACUUGAGCCAGAUGCUUUUGGUGGAGCUUUCCCUGCUCAGGUGCGCUUCAGAAUUAAUGAAGACUGUUUACCUCUCCCUGAAAGUGUUUUCAAGAAUGCAAUAAAGGAAAAUUAUGAUGAGAGAACCCACAAAUUCAAGACUGAACUAACUUCUGAACAAGUGAAGAAACUUAGAUCCCUGUUCCGUCCUGUUCUCCAGCUUCAUUUGAAGGAUCAUCCUGUCGUUCUGCAGCCUGCAUCAUCUUCUGAUCGACUUUUUGUCUCUGAGAUGGAGUACCGCAGAUAUGGCCUCCGACCAGAAUUACGUAAUAUGGGGCAAGAUACAAUUUCCUAUGCUCCUGUUCCAGAUUCUUAUGGGACUAAUCAUGAGAGGGAGCAACUUUUCAGGAGCUCUGCUACACUAUACAAGGAUACACCAUCUGCGCAGGAGCAACUCUGUAGGAUUCCUGCCCCGCUGUACAGGGAUGUAUCCCAUACACAGGAGAUGUUAGCAAAGCCUGCCCCAGUUUAUGGGUCUUUUUCCUCGUUGCAAGAACCGGCAGUUUCUCAUCAUGAGCCAUUUUAUUUGAGUGAAAAUGAGUAUCGAAUGUAUGGUUUGCGAGGUCAAAGUGAGCAUAAACCAUUGGUAUCAGCCACAACAAGGCCAAAUAAUGAGUUGGAUGGUUACCAAGACAAUCAAUACCACUCUCAUCAUCCAUUCACAAGUUUAACAAGGGCAGGGGCUGAUACUUAUGGGGCAUACUCGCAGGCGUCAGUGACCCCUUCUGAUCCAUUCACAAGUUUAACAAGGGCAGGGGCUGAUACUUAUGGGGCAUACUCACAGGCGACAGUGACCCCUUCUGAUCCAUUGACAAGUUUAACAAGGGCAGGGGCUGAUACUUAUGGGGCAUACUCGCAGGCGACAGUGACCCCUUCUGAUCCAUUCACAAGUUUAACAAGAGCAGGGCCUGAUACUUAUGGGGUAUACUCGCAGUCAACAGUGACUGAGGCUUAUCGUAGUGACUUGGGGCUUGCAAAUAAUGCUGUUGAUUACCAUUUACCAAGAAGGGUUGCUGAUGAAGGGCUCUAUUUAUCUUAUGCCUCUCGUGAUCUAUCUGCAUACAACCAGAGAAGUCAUGUUGGUGCUCAAUCUGAGCUUGCACCUGCAUCUGUUUCAUCUCGAUACUCAUUUGCAGGGGGAUCCUAUUCCUAUAGAUAAAUCAAAGCUUCUAUUGCACGGCAUGGCUUCUUAGGCUUUGUUUCUUGUUUAUGACAAAUAUUGAAGAGCCAAAUGGAAGAUUAGUUCUGCUGAAUUCAGUGAUCUGGUGAUGUACUUGUUUAAAUCGAUGUCAUUUAUACCUUACCUUGAUCUCUGAUACUUGAAAGGUUACUUGAAAUCAGGUGGACACAUCAUAGGAAUGUGCAUUUUGAAUGAUAGUUACCAGUUAAUGUUCAUACACAUCUCUAGAAUUUAGAGUAGGUGAUGUCAUGACGAAGCAUCAAAUCUUAAGAAUGCCUUUCCUAGCCCUAACAAAACAACUUUAUGCCUUCAUUGUUACCUUUGUUAUAUUGUUUAUUUGGUUUGUUUUCAUCAAUGAAUUAGCCUGAUAGCCGAGUGAAGAGAAGAUAUAACUGUCUGUUUAAGGUGUAGGAAUGCAGAAUAUCUUCUCAAGAGCCACAACUGGCAUAAACCUUUCAUUUGUGCAGGUCAUUAAUCCAAUGUAAAUGCUGAUUUUAUUCAAGAUAUAAUUAGUAAGCAUGAAAAUGUUGUAUUCAA